AUGUCGGCCGCUGCUGAGACCGCGCCGCUGGCGAGGUGCGCACGAGGGCAGAGAGGCUGGUACACGAGCGAAGCGCAGCACGAGAUCUCCGAAGCUUCGGAGGAGAUUAAAGCGGCCCAGCAGCAACUGCUUGGGGCCUCAAAGACCAGCGCCUUCGAGGCGACCCUGAAGGCGAUGCUCAAGGCGGCGCGGAAGAAGCGCAGCAUCGCGAGGUGGAGAGCACUGGAAAAGUUCUUCGAGGGCUAUGUACGGCAGCUCGAGAAGAAGAGCCGCGAGGGGGAUCAGGCGGGUUUCUACAGGCACCUGAAGAUGAUCGACGUCGAAGGCAGGAGGCGGAAGCAUCCGCGAAGCGCCAGCGCGCGAGGGAAGCAGAAGAAGCAGAGAGUACGGCCACCUCAGGACCGAAGAGAAAGAGAGCCGGGGAAGCGGCGGUGGGGGGGAAGAAACGGCGACCGGGCACUGCUGUAGAAGCGAGUAGUAGGGCGGCCGAGGCAGCACUUGUGGCGAACUAUGUACCCGGCUGACGUUGUUGCGCCCUGUUUCCCUCCCUGCUGUAUGCUAUAGACUACUCCUUUAUGUAUGUCCUUUGUACUGCCUUCGGCCUCUGUGCUGUGUUUCUUUUUUUCAUGACCUCCCUGCCUCCUCUGCUGUGUUGGGUACCUUGAUCUCGCUUUUGCUGUUGCCUUUGUUUUUGUACGUCUGGCUGUCUGCCCAUCUGCCGCCUCUUUGUCCUGUUUGCUCCGUUACUCCCAUGCCCUGGUGCGUAGUGCCUGGUGCUGGUACGUUACCCUUUGAUUUUUCUUUGGGCGGGUGUGGGAAGCGUCCUCCUUUAUUUCUGUUUUUGUCUUAUUUUGAUCGGUUUCCGAGGGCUCUUUUCUCGAACGGUCGGUGCGAUACCUGUUCUUUUCUUUCUAUUUUUGUUUUUUAUU